AUGAGAGCCAUUGAGUCAAAGAAAUCUAAUAAGUGGAAAGUGACUCAGUGGGAUGGACGUCAUACGUGUUUGAACAUGUCUUUGUCACAAGAUCAUGCUAAGUUAGAUUCUGAGUUAAUUGCAUCAUUUAUACAAGGAAUGGUUAACCAAGAUCUAGCAAUCAAGAUUAGCCUUAUCCAAGAGAGAAUAACAUCUCAAACUGGGUUUAAAAUAUCUUAUAGAAAGGCUUGGAUGGCAAAACAAAAAACAAUUGUUAAUAUUUUUGGAGAUUGGGAAGAAUCGUAUGCUUAUUUACCUCGAUGGCUCCAAUACAUGAAAGAAAUUGCUCCAGGGUCAUUUUAUGAUCUGUGUCAUGAUGAGUUUUUUGUUGGUAAUCGUUGUGAUCGUGGUUACCGUCAAUUUCACAGAUUAUUCUGGACAUUCAAGCCGUGUUGUGAUGCCUUUAAUUUUUGUAAACCCUUGAUACAAGUUGAUGGCACUCAUCUAUAUGGCAAGUACCGAGGUACAUUGCUCAUUGCUACAACACAAGAUGGUAAUAACAACGUUCUUCCUCUUGCAUUUGUUGUGGUUGAAGGAGAAACAUUACUUGCGUGGUCGUGGUUCUUGUCUCAUUUGCGGUUACAUGUUACAAAUAAAGAAGGAAUAUGUUUAAUAUCUGAUCGACAUCGUAGCAUUAAAUCGACCAUUGACAAUGAGGCAAUUGGUUGGAGACCGCCAAAUGCAUAUCACAAGUACUGCAUUAGGCACAUUACAAGUAAUUUUAAUACUCGAUUCAAGGAUGUGAAACUAAAACAAAAGCUUGUGAAGUUAGUUGCAUGUGGUGUUGUUAACAUUGAUUACUACCAAUUUAUAGAUCCUGUUUAUACUAGUGAUUAUGUUUUAAAAGCGUACUCUGGUCCGUGA